UAACCGAUGACAUUGGUCCAAAGUAAUAUAAAUAGCUGGUUUAACUCAAUUAAAUUCAAUCGUAAUCAAAUUGUUGAUCAAAAUCAUCUAUUGAAAAUAUUAAACUAAAUCUCCGGUGAUAUUAUAAUUGAGUGACAAUUAACAUUGAUAAUAUAAGAUUUAAAUUGUGAAUUCAUCUAGAAUAAUAUACAUGAUGAAAAUUAACAAUUACCAACUAAUAUUAUUGAUAACAAUUUGUAUCAAUUGCGUUUAUAGUUUAUCGUCUUCGGUAAAAUUAGGAAAGUUAAACGUUGUAACGAUCAAUGGACUCGAGAAAAAAAAUCGUACCAAUUUUGAGCGAAGACGAUUGUUGUUUGGAAAUAAAUUGUACACCAAAUGUGGAAUACAAUUAAGAUCAUUAGAGGGUCGAAUUGUUGGUGGACGAGAAGCUGAUUACGGUGAAUUCCCUUGGCAAGUAUCAUUACAAUUAAAACGACGUCUAUUUGGAUUAACUCAUUUCUGUGGUGGAACAGUAAUUGGUAACAAUUGGAUAUUAACUGCUGCUCAUUGUGCCGUUCAUUUUGAUUCCAAUAAUACAAUUGCUGUUCUAGGAACAAACAAUUUAUCACCUUUUCAUAAUAAUGUUAAAUCUCAACUUGAAUCAACUUUUAUCCAUCCCAAUUACAGUUCGACAACAAUUGAAAACGACAUCGCGCUAAUUAAGACAACUGAUCCAAUCGAUUUGUCCACAGCCAUUUAUCCAAUAACAGCCGCUUGUUUGCCCGAUUCAUAUCGAGGUGAACAAUUAACUGGCAGAGCGAUUGUUACAGGAUUUGGUCGAACCUCUGAAUCCAAUUCUGUGAGUGGUUCACCAGUGCUUCGAGUGACUGAAGUUCCGCUCAUGAGUCUGGAAACAUGUCGAUCUUAUUAUGGAUCCAGAGUUUAUCCCAAAAUGUUGUGCGCUGGUUUCAAGGAGGGUAAACAUGAUUCGUGUCAGGGUGAUUCGGGUGGUCCACUGGUUCAGUUGAAAAAUGGACAUGGGGUCAUAAUCGGUGUUGUCUCGUGGGGUAUUGGUUGUGCUCGACCAGAGAGACCAGGGGUUUACACGAAGGUCUCCAGUUAUCUUGAUUGGAUUUACAAUACAAUUGAAGAUAAUCAAUGAGAUUGACAAUGUUGUUGACACUUUAACUUUUACAUGUAUCUGGAAGUUUAAUUUACCACUUGGAUUGAAUAAAGACUUUUAAUUUGUUGAUUA